AUGCAUCCUCAUCAUUUGAAACACAGCAAUAGCAGCAAACACAGAUAUUUUAGCAGGAAGUGUCAACACUUCAAAAAAAAUUAUUUAAAAAGAACAACGGACAUAGAAGAAGACUGUUCAGUGUGCAAUGAACAAGAAACUUCAGCAACUGAAAACAGCAUGGAAACACAUGAAAAGCUAUUUACAACCGAAUCAGAGUUGAAUAUUAUAAACGAACGUCCACGUCCAGGGCAAAAAGGAAAGAAAUUAUCGUUGACAACAGAGAGUGAGAAUGAUGUAGAGAACCAACAUAUCGAAAUUGGGCCCGAUGGAACAGUUUGGAAAGAAAUAGAUGGAAGUCCUAAACCUGGUAGGACAUCAGUUCACAAUAUUUUUAGAGAUGUGCCAAACGGCAUAUAA